AUGAUAUCUAUUUCUUAUCUGCUCCCGCUUGCUUUUGCACUGGUUGUGGCUAUCGCGAAUGCUUCCCCUCUCUCGGCCCCUUUGAGAGGCUUGUCCGAGCAAUGUUCUGCUGACUUCUGUUCGGUAGACAGAAGUGACUAUCCGAACAUGCUCCCUAUGGGGGAUGUGAAUGUGGUGGCAUACAGUUUUGAUAAUGCUGGUCGUUGGUAUAUCGCUGGUACUCAAUCCGAUGGGAAGUCGAGGCUGUGGAGGACAUCAUGUGACCUGUCGUCCUAUGAAGUUUUGGCUGAACAUCCGAUUACCGACAUAGAAGCCAACCCUGAUGGUUCUGAAGUCUACGCCAUCAGUGAGGAGAGGGUGAUUGUCAUCAGUACUUUGGUCUACAACAGCAUCAGAGUUAUUGCUAAUGAUAAUAUGUACUUGGGGUACACUGGCCUUGCAUAUGCAGCUGGAAACCCCGACAGGUUGUAUGUGACUGCCAACACUUGGAAUGGCGUCUUCGGUUUCGAACGUAUUCCUUAUGGUACCGGUUGGAAGACACUUGGUUGGGUUGCCGGUUCUCAAGUGAGUCUCCCUAAUAAUUUACUUAUUAGGGGUAUCCCUUAUGAUAGUCCUGAGGGUCUCAACAAACCUACGAGCAUCCGUUAUUUGGCACCUUAUAUGUACAUUCGUGUCGACACUGGUGUCACUGCUUGGUUGCCAUACUCUUAUCAGGCCUCGAAAAUGUACGUCAAUCUUGGCAUCCCUGGUAGUGAAGGCUUUACUGUUACGCCUGAUAAUUAUCUCUAUUAUAGACAUGGUGAGGACGCUGUUUACAGGAAGCCUUUGGAUGAACCAACUUCUGAGGGUGAAUUGUAUGCUGGUGGAUGCGGUUGUGGCUUAGAUGAUAAUCAGAUAUGUACAGCGAACAAGGGUAACUUGGUCAAUUUCGUCCCUAAUGAUGGUCAAAUUGUGAUGCAGGAUUACAACACUCAAGUUGACUUCCGUUUCCUUGGUUGGUGUCAAUGCCCAUCUGUGACUACGGGUUUACCGGUCACUACGGCUGAGACCACUACUGCUGCUGUUGAGACCAGUACUGCUGCUGUUGAGACCACUACUGCUGCUGUUGAGACCACUACUGCUGCUGUUGAGACCACUACUGCUGCUGUCGAGACCACUACUGCUGCUGUCGAGACCACUACUGCUGCUGUCGAGACCACUACUGCUGCUGUUGAGACCACUACUACUGCUGUUGAGACCACUACUGCUCCUGCCGAGACCACUACUGCUGCUGUUGAGACCACCGCUGCUGCUGAGACCACCACCAGUGGGAGUUCACUGACCUGUGAUGCUUAUUGUUCAUCGAUUACCCCUGGUAGCUACUGCAAGUAUUGGACAACUCCAAGCACAUGCUUUGGCAAUAACAUGCCGUGCUCCUGUGGUGCAUCUACCACGGAGGGCCCUGCUUAUACAACAACUGCUGCACAAGAGCCCAAAACUACCACCGCAGAGGCUUCUACCGGUACUCAAGGAUCUAGCACCACCAAACCUGUAGAGAUUACCACCACCGAAGCAGUCCGGACCACUACUGCCGAGGCUGUGGUUACUACUGCUGCAAGUUCGGAUUCAUGUGCCGCUGGUAAUGCUUAUUGUAAUUCUGUCUGGAGUGGAACCUACUGUAAAUCGUGGCAACAUCCGAGCGUCUGUUCGGAGACUAAUCUACCAUGUAGUUGUGAUGAAGAAGUUCCUACUACCACCAAGGCUUCUCAUCAGACAACCGGAUCCUCUCAGACCAGUGCUGACCACACUCCAGUUGUGACUACAUCUUCACUUCAGUGCGAUCCUUUCUGUAAUUCUAUCGAGGCCGGUAGUUACUGCAAGUAUUGGGAUAUGCCUAGCGUGUGCUCUGGUACCAACAUCCCAUGCGAUUGUGAUUGA